AUGGCUGAUCCUCUCAGUGUCGCCGCUUCCAUCGCUGGCCUCAUCUCCAUCACCGUCGAGGCCGCCAAGUUUCUCAGGCCGUACGUUUCCGCCGCGAAAGAGACUCCACCAGUCGCCGCUCACGUCUACUCGGAAGUGCAGAGCAUUGAAAUUAUCCUAAGUGGGCUUCAAAACGUGACCAACAACCUAUCUUCUGUUCAUGCCCGAAAUGCCGCAUUGAUUGGUGUCAAUCAAGUCAUCACCGUUCUUACAGAUGGUGUUCUUCUUUUCUCCGAUCUCCAAGAAGAGCUGCGGUCGCUGUCGCCUAAAAAUGAGAAUGAGGGGAUCCCAAUUCGGACAAGAUUGCGAUGGGUGCGCAAGGAGAGCACUUUCACUGCACUUCUCACCAGAUUGCAGGGCUUCAAAAGCUCAAUGACACUUGUUUUGAUGAUUCUUAAAAGCGACUCCGACCGAUCAGCAACCCAGCACCACGAGCAACUCUCAUCCAAUGUUAACCUUCUCCUAGAAAGCAAUCACUCUUUAUCCCGUCGCUUACUGAAUCUAGAAGAAUCUCUGGAUUCACAAACCAUUGCUUCGAGACGAAUGAGUUUCUUAACACUUACUGAUGUUACCCCACAAAAUAUCGGAUCCGAAAAAUCACAGCCAUCGAUUACUGAAACGGACUCGACCAUUGACAUAUCCAAAUUCGAUUUUGAAGAUGAUUUGGAGGCUUCGCGAGCAUACCGUCGCGCACAGCGGGAUACCAUGGACUUUUCGUUUCGAAGCUCGAUUGCACGAUCUGACUCCUGGUCGGUAUUCUCUGGCAUGAGCCUUGGUGACAUCUCCAUCAUGUCGGUCAUUGCACUGCCAGUAUAUCAAGAUGAUCUUACCAAUGCCCAAUACUACGAUUUUGGAAACGAAACGGUUGUUGUUGAUGAAGAACCUCAACCCGUAGCCGACAGACCUUUACUGGUUGACUGUCUCCACAUCUUACAGAAACUACGUCAACUCCCGGGGAUUGACGAAUAUCUCAAUGAAGCUGAUGGCUGUGAAGACACAUUCCAUGCUUUCUGGGCUAUCUUACGUCGCGGUUAUCCACUCAUUGUCCUACUACAACCUUUGGACUCAGAAAUAGGCAUUGGGACAGAUAAGAUCAUCUACUUUCACAGACCAUUAACCGGAUGGAACUAUAACAAUCAUUCUUCCGCUUCAAAAGCUGCCAUUGCUUGGUUUAUUCAAUAUUGUCAUAAAGUUCUCGAAAUAGAGACAAGCCGCCUAUUCACGGUUACAGACCUCGUAGGAAACAGCCCUCAUCAAUUCUCAAAGGUUAUAUCUGUGGUAUCAUUACUUGUUGAAAGAUUGGUAGCUGCCGGUGUUGUGGUCGACAACGAUAGAUCUACAACUUACAGUCACUUUCAACUACAUGGUGACUCAACAGAGGCUGUGGAAGAGUUCCUCUCAGAGCAACGCCAUCUGGUUGAUCAAAUGAUGGAACUCGCCAACAUAAAAUCUCAACUGGACAGCUACGGCUUCCCCAGUGAUGAUUUGGCCGAUGUUUUCGGCCGAGUUGAAAUUCUGGUCGACCUCCACAUUGAGAUGCUGGUAAAAAUGGAACGAAACCUUUUUGUGCCUCAAGCAGAGAACAAAUGGCAUCCAGUAUUUGCACUGUACUCUUUAGAGGUCCAAGCAGAGGCAUUGUUUAUCGCUAAUGAGGUGUCGGCCAGGAGCAAGAUACGUUCCUGGCUUGAAGAAAAGCGAUUCAAGGGCGGUGAAGAUUCGAUUAAUCUAUUGACACAGUGUUUGAAAAUUAUACCACUUCCAGGUCAAAGAGUAGCGAAAUACUUUUCAUUUCUCGAGUACCUCGGAAGCCAAGAAUCUAUCAACACAACACGGAUUAAAGAUAUCAUGAUGGCCAAGGGAUCACUUCAUCAAGCGGGAGCAACUAUAGAAGAGGAUGUCAAGAAUGAGGAAAAUCGAGAGGUUCUAAAAGACUUGGACAAUCGUAUCGAAGAUUGGAAAGGACACAAGCUCGACCAAUUUGGCAACUUGCUUCUUUUUGAUACACUCAGUAUCACCAAGGGCAAAGUAACCCACCCGCAGGGUCCGUAUGUUCCCAUCAUUGUCCUAGAUGCCCAGCCUUGCCCGCCAUUGCCAGAGGGUAUUACCAUCAGCACGCCACCACAAUCGCCGACCCAACCACAGUCAGUGACCCAACCAUAUGAUGGGAUGUACACUCUUCCAAAGGAUUUGCCGUCUUUUCUUUUGAGGACCUCCGUCGAUAGUCUGAAAUCGAGAAAAGCAGGCGGAGAGUCUAACAGGCCCACAACACCCUCCAGUACUUUGGAGUUUGUCCGAUCAAUACUUCCUUUCGAAGAAAGAGAAGACUUUAUGUCGCCAGAUUAUACCCAAACAGUCUGCAACGAGCUUCGAAAGACAAUGCCAGAACGAUUCGAAGGCGAGCUUGAGCUGAUUGUGAACCGAUUGCUGGAACCUAAUCUGGAUCAAAUCGUCGGGUUUGCGGCCGAAAGGUUCAUUAACAAACAACUGUCGCUCGAGGAGGUGCAACGCCUUCUCAGGUUGUUAGAGACCACAGGGUAUGAUAGCUACAUUCUUUUCUGUCUUCAAGCGAGAGGAACGGCGACGAAACGUCUAGCAACAGCGAUUCUUGGAGCCGCAUUACUGAACAACAACGAGCACUUUGUCCGCAUAGCUCUCGAUCAUGGAGCAGACCCAAAUUGUGGUGUUCAGGGCCGGACAACUCUGGCCAUUGCCACUCAAGAUCCAGAAAAAUCCCAACUAGUCUUUCUGCUCGUUAAUGCAGGAGCUAGACCUGGACGAGAAGAUAUCCAUCAAGUUGCUCGGCGUGGAGAUAUUGGCUUGGUCGAACUCCUCGUUCCUAGGGCUGCCUGGCCCGAUUUGGGAGAGUUACGCGAGACAACAGGAACUGAUGGUGUGUCCAUCCAGACUGCCCUCGAACAUGCAGUGCGCAGCGGAUCAAUCGAAAUGACCCAGCUCUUAUUAUCAAUGGGGGCAAAAGCCAAUCGAUCCGAUAACACUUCGUUUCCGCUUGGUUUGGCCGUGCAGAAAUCUCCCAAUUUAAUUCCAGUUCUCCUUCGAGCUGGUGCAGAUAUGUCCAACAUGUUCGAAUCUACUUCUUCAGCAUGGGAAACCAGUGGUGCAACAAUGCUUGAGGUGGCCGUUGAAUCUGCUAUUAAAAGUGGCAGUCUUGAUGUCGUUGAGAUCGUUUUGCGUUUGGGCGCCCCGGUAAACAGAGUUAUACCGGACCAUCAUAUGCCUUCUGCUCUCCAGCUAGCAGUGACUCAAGAUAUAGAACACAAACCUCUGGGCAAAUUGAGUGAAGCCCUUACGGUGGAUCUCGUCAAACUGCUCCUACAAUGGGGUGCUGAUUUUCACAUUCCUGAAUUCUUGUAUCGCGGAUUAAUGCGUAACAACACCAGAAACUAUAGGGACUGGGCACUACGUGAGGCUGUUGGGAUGACAAUUGUGCAGUCCGCAGCGGCGCAGGGCCGAACAGCUCUAGUCAGGCUGCUCGUUAGUGCUGGUGCAAGUUGCAAUGCGCCGGCAGGAAAGAACGGCCUCACGGCAAUCCAAGCAGCCGCCCAGUUUGGAGAUGCAGAAAUGGUCGAAUACCUGAUACAAUCAGGUGCCGACGUGAAUGCACCCUCCGUUUCAAAAUAUGAUAUACCUGCACUUGUCGCGGCGGUGGCCAAAGGAAACUUGAAAUCAACUUCACUACUGCUUGAGGCUGGAGCAGACGCAAAUGCCUCCGGAAUGGUCAAUCGUUCUGGAGGUAGUUGGAAGAUGACGGCGUUACAGACAGCAGCAUGUCAGCCUGAAAGUUGCACAUCUUCAGAUAAUGAUCCAACCCUUAGGCUGAAGAUGCUUAAACUACUGCUUAACGCCGACGCUAACGCACAGACACCUCGAUUCACGGACUCCAUGCACGAUAAGACUUCGCUCGGCUGGGCUGUUUUCUGGGACGAUAUCGAUGCCACAAAACUACUGCGUAACUACGGGGCCCGUUUAGACCCUGCCGAGAGGUUAACAUUUGAAGGCUAUGAUAAUAGAGGCUCAUCCGAGAUAUGGUAUCUUCUGGGAAAAGCCUGUUGCGAAGAUGCAAGACGAUCUCGAGACACCGGCAGCUGCAGAUGUGACGACUUUCAAAGCCAGAUGAGAAUUACCCAGGACCCUCCCCUUUUCUCUGCUACCCAUGCAGGAAACGAUAUCAGCAUGCACCAGCUGCUUGAAAUUGGCCAAGACGGAUUUCCUUGCUGUAUCCACUCGGCCACGUCGCAAGGCUUCGCCAAGGCUGCCAGUUUGCUGGAAGAUGGAGAUGACUUUAGCAAUAAUUUGGUCUCAGACCUUGCACCAUUACUGGCCUUAUUUGGCGAAAGGGUCACAACUCAGUUCAUGAGCCAGUCCACCGGCUGGGCCGAUUGUAUCGCCCUGGCUAUGGCUCCAGUGGGUGUAAUCACCAUUAUUGUCAGCGCAAUUCGUGUGACGGGUCCCCGCUGGCUUAAAGCUGUCGUCGGACGAGCCAGAGAGAACGUUGCUGCCGCCGAACUCGAAGUCAUGUCUUCAACGUCAUCUGAAGCUUGUGAGUUAUGGAAUGGAAAGACAAGGGCUGUUGUGCGGUGCCCUGGUACAACCGAGAACUGCGAGUUCAUUUGCAUUUAUCCCAUUUCGAUGCUAAAACAAGGGCAAAACAACCUCAAGAGUGUGCAAAUCAUGGAUAUCAGAAACGCCAAGAACCGCGACACACCUGACGAUCUCAGUCACCAGGAGGUUCUACCAGGAACGCCUUCUCCCAACCAGCAGAAAAAUAGCCUGAUGACGCCAGCAUCCGAUGACACAAUUAUCAUAACCCGCAAUACAACACAUCUAGCACCAAACAUGACUCUCAAUUGUAGCGCAGACGGAGAGCGUUGGCAGAUGUGGGCUUGUGCCGUAGUGGGCAUUAUCAUUCAGUCGGGCGUAUUGAUCUUUUUCGGCUUCUUGACCGAGUACAAAACACUGAGAUUCGAGAAGGACGAUAUCCCAGUCGAAAAUUAUGCAAUGCCCAUGGCGGUCCUAGGAGCGGUCAUUAUCAUGACAAUCUUGAGAGCAGUGGUUCGACGACACCUUGCCUCGGGGUUAGUAAGCCAUGAUUUGUGUGGCUCUACGGGCUUCGAGUUGGAAUGGUUUGUCUCUUCCUUUUUGAACGAGAAGGGUAUUCCUUGGAUUCCUCAAGAACACUCGGAAUCCCCCGACAAAGACGACAACAAACCAAACUCAUCUGCAUUUACUUUCGAAAUGGAAACGAACACAACCGAGGUUGUCCAGAAUGCCAAUUCCGACGAAGAACAAAAAGAUCCUGCCAUCCGUUUGUUUCUUGAGGUUUCAACAUUACGACAACCACAAGGAAUUCUGGACUUAAGACGUCAUCUCGGCGAAUUGAGCAAAUGGAAGGGUUCAGUCUCCAGGGAAGCACUAGCUGUCGCAAACGCUAUUGAGAAAACUAUGAGUUUUAUUAUGCCGUAUUUGGAAAAAAGCGAAGCUAAGAAGGCCUUUACUUGGAAAAUUAAAGUAAAGAGCAACAAGGAGCACCUCAGAAACAGCGACGACAACGACUCUGACUAUGUCAAGAUGAAUGUCAAAUACUCUCAGAACAAUGGCUGGACAGCGUCUGUGGAUGAAAUAGAAGCCGCACUUUCACUUUGGCUCUACUCUAUGAGAGAUGUUCAUGCCACUGGUAACAUACAAUCUGACUUUCCUUCUGGUAACGAUCAUUGGAUACGUGGUAGCCCAGCGCAACAACAACGAUGUCUACAAGUUCUCGGGCCAGCGAACAAGCUCUUGUUGCGAGAUCUUACGUGGUGGAUGCCCAAAGGGCUUGAUGGGAUUCUUGAAGCUCGAGUGAAGGAUACAGACAACAAUAACAUUGAAGAGUUUCCUUACACCGUUAAAAGGGAGCGAGUAGGACACAGCGGUCAAAGGUGGCCCAAACGGGAAAGAAACGAGAAGCCAUUGACUGAGGACCUUUCGUAUUGGGAUUGGAAUCCAGCAACAUAUCACGCUCGCCAUGACACAGAUGUUAAGCAAGAGGAGGGUGACGAUCAAACUCAAAGCGAGAGUGACCAUGAGACUCAGGCAGAACAUAACAACCUAGACAAUCAGCAGCAACCGCCACAAGAUUCCUCUCGUUGGCUAGCGGUGGAAUUACAAGAUCCCCUAGAGAGACUUUACGCCAAGGAACUAUUUUCUGCUUUCAUUUGGGCGGUGGCAACACACCUGGGAGAAUCGACCAUCAGCCGACAACUGCAAGCAAGAAUACAGCCGAGCAGUGGCACAGGGCCAGACGCGUGGAAGACCUUCUCAUUGGCGAACGAUGAGCUCUCGCGUUUUGUACAAAAUCUAACAGAUCUGAAUCUGUGGACCGAACAGGAGGUAUGGUGUAGUAUCAUUCCAGCCCUCAGCGCUACAGACAACCUCCCAGGUCUGAAUGCUGUUAUCGAGAUGGCGCAAAAGAAUGCAGUUGAACCGGAGAUGGAUCUCGCCUGGGGACAGGCAGGAUCAGCAUACCGGUGGCUUUUCGAUAUCGCGAAUCUCGUUAAGGAUUCUAAAAACCAAACGCCAGGACGCCGUGUCUAUGGGGCAUUUCAAAGACCAGGGGACAUCUUCGACAGGACCCAAUUACAUCAUGUGAUGCGAAGCGAGUUCUUUGACCACGAACAACUGAAAAUUCAGGGUAUAAAGUCGCGAUGGCGAGGGCUCGACCUCUGGGACGAUAAACCAGACAUGCGUGAAGACUACAUUCGAUAUAUGAAGCCGGCAGCGACAGAAGUAUACAGCCUUGACCUUUACCCGUUGCGGUUACUUGAAAACCUCUCUUCGGCCAUAUUCCUUCCAGUUCAAACAAUUGAAUUUCUGCUGGAUAACGGAGCAGACCCCAAUGCUCGAGACCUAGAUCAUUGGACCCCACUUCACUAUGCUUGCCAUAUCACUAAACGGGAUGGUUAUGGACAAAACCUUUACUGUUACCAUAUGAGAUACAAUACGAGAGUCGCCACUCUUAUCGCAAACAAGGCCGACGUCAAUGCGAAAGGCCUCGAUGGCAACACCCCUUUGCAUUGUGCAACGAUGUCAGACAAGCACUAUUUGGUCGAGUUGCUUAUCAAGGGCGGAGCUGAUGUGAAGGCGGCCAACUUUGAGGGCCGAACGCCCCUUCAUCUUGCUGCAAUGGUAAAUCACCCGAAUAUCAUCUCUAUGUUGGUCGACAAAGGCUCUGAGAUAAAUGCAAAAGACCAAGCCGGGAGGACGCCACUUCACCUGGCUACUAUCUCAAGACAACUUGUUUGCAUCGAACAGCUUGUUGAAAGUGGAGCAAAGCGGGAUGUCGCAGACAACUAUGCCGCAACACCACUUGACCUAGCCGUCCGGGACCAUUUUUUAGCAGCCUUCAAUGCCCUUAGCAGUCCUGAUGCCCUGAGUCUCUCAGUGCGGAGGGCUAUAGAGAAGGAGGAUUUAAGUCGUAUCUCUUAUCUAAUGGAUCUGACUGAUCGAGAUUCAUGGCCUCUACUAGACGAACAUGGAUGGACUCCAUUCCAUUAUGCAGCUUAUUUUGGAUACAUAAAGUCUCUCGACAGGAUAUUCGAGAAAUCUAUCGAACGAGAGUUUGAUCCAGAAGUUAUCCUUAAGGAGAGUACAGAGGGACAAACGGCCCUUUUUGGAUGCAAGAAACACUCGGUGGCCACGAUUAUGAAGCACUUGAAGUCUUCGCCUUCACUGUUGAAGAGGUUGAUGGAUAAAAAAAACAGGGAAGGACAUUCUGUACUUUGGGAAGCUAUAUACGAAGGACGGGACGAAGUGGCAUCAAUUCUUAUCGAGGAAGGGGCUGAUCUUCGAACUAGGUCCAACGAUAACAAAAACAUUUUGCAUGCGUUGUCGGGAAAUGCGUUUAUGCAAUUUAUUUCCCCAGGAAAUAUGGAGAAUCUCAUAAACAAGAUCAAACAGAAACAAAAUUCGACUCAAAUACUCCUCUACCUACUCCAGGAAAAACAUGACGAUGGGAGAACACCCUUAGAUGAAGCAAGAUGGAGAGAUAGACCGGAAACUGAAAAAGUGCUGGAAGAUUUGCUGGAAGAAUGUAAACGAGAACUCAGGUCGCAAGCCCGGCAUGACCUGUCACUGAUCGAUCACCUCAAAUACGACAACAGUGUCGUGGAUAUGCUCAAAGGAACUUCCCUUCACCUAUCCUUCACAACAUGGAAGAUGCCGCUUGACUGGGAAACCACAGGAGAGAUAGACCAAGAGGUCUUCCUUCUCGAGGCAGUCGUAUCGGUACAGGACAAGGGAACAUGGGCGGCCAAUAUCGAUGUUCUGGAGAGGGAAAGAGAAGGUAUCGAUACUCUCACGUUUACAUGUGACUGCUCAGAUCCUCAUUUCCCGGCUGAUGCUGAUGCCGUUUCGCUUGAUACAUAG